AUGGUAAUAGGAGUAACGAGGCCUGUCUAUGCCUUCCAUCGGAAAGUUCGGAAUGCUCAUAAUGUCACGUCAAGAAUACGUAGUUCCCGUUGGUCCAUAGCUAAGGCAACUUGGUAUGGAAGCCCUAGCGGCGCUGGAAGUGACGGUGGUGCGUGUGGAUACCAAACUGCAGUUAAUCAGGCUCCAUUUUCUAAAAUGGUAUCUGCGGGUAGCAAUUCAUUGUUUGCUUCAGGAAAAGGAUGUGGAGCUUGUUAUCAAGUGAUGUGCACUAGGAAUCAGAACGCGGCUUGCUCUGGUAAGCCUGUGACAGUAGUGAUAACCGACCAGUGCCCCGGUUGUGAGUCGACUCACUUUGACCUAAGUGGCACUGCUUUUGGCGCUAUGGCAAAAUUUAAUAAGGGACAACAAUUACGUAAUGCUGGAACCUUUAAUAUUCAAUAUAGAAGGGUAUCAUGCAACUAUCGUCGAAAUACACUGACAUUCCAGGUGGAUUCCGGGGCAAACCCGCAUUACUUUUCAGUGUUGAUUAAAUAUGAGAACGGAGAUGGAAGUCUUUCAAAAGUCGAACUCAAGGAGUCGAAUUCCAUGUUGUGGAAACCAAUGCAACAAUCGUGGGGAGCGAUUUGGAAGGUGAACUCGGGAUCUCCAUUAAGGGCCCCGUUGUCCUUAAAGUUGACAUCCGAGUUUGGCCAAAAGAUUGUUGCUAACAAAGUUAUCCCGGCUGGAUGGAAGCCUGGAAAGACUUAUCGAUCCAUUGUAAACUUCCAUAAUUAA